AACACCAAUAGAGUUUGUAUGAGUGUGUGCCUUUUUGCCUUACCAUCUAAGUUUCCUCAUUUGUUUCACACUCUCACUCUCACUCUCUCUUCUCCACUCCUCCUCUCUUUCUAGGGUUUCAUUCACACAAUCUGUCUCACAAGUUCAAACCUUAAGCUCCAAGGUUUGCCGUUUGGAUGAUAUGGAAAGGGAAGCAUUGUACCAGAAAGGGAAGAAGAGGCCGCUGGUUGGAAUCAAUGAUGAAAUAUAUAGGUUUAAAGUUUUAUUACCUAAUGGGACAACUAUUGGAUUGACUUUGCCGGAACCUGGUCCAAAAAUGCCAGUUGAUGAGUUCAUUAAUUUGGUGAAAGGUGAAUAUUAUCGACGUUCUAAAUCAAUGCAAUGUAAAGGACGGAUUAACUGGAAUGCUGGUUCUUUAUCUCUUCAAGAUUCAAAUGAUGCCAAGAUCACAAGCGCUGUGUAUUUCAAGGAUUUUAAACCACAUAAGUGCCACAUUUUAAUACUUCAUGAUGGCUCUGGCAAAGUUACUGAAACUUUUGAGAAUAUGUGGGAUUUGACGCCUGAUACCGACCUGUUAAAGGAGGUCCCAGAAUCGUACACAUUUGAAACUGCCCUUGCAGAUUUGAUUGACAAUUCUCUGCAAGCAGUAUGGUCAAACAGUAAAAAUGAUCAAAGACUUAUUAGUGUGGACAUAUUACAGGAUAAGAUUGUAAUCUUUGACACAGGUACAGGAAUGGAUGGCACUGAUGAGAAUUCUAUAGCAAAAUGGGGAAUUAUGGGUGCCUCACUUAACCGGUCUGAAAAAGAACAGGCUAUUGGGGGCAAGCCUCCAUAUCUAAUGCCUUCUUUUGGCAUGUUUGGGUAUGGGGGAUCUUUUGCAUCUAUGCAUUUAGGGAGACAUGCUUUAGUAUCUUCAAAAACAAAGCACUCAAAGAAGGUAUAUACUUUACGUCUAGAGAGAGAGGCUUUGCUCAGCCGUUCUGGCUCUGAACUUAAAUGGACGACUGCUGGAGGUCUUAGGGAUCCUUCAGACGAUGAGCUUGCAAAAACAAGACACGGAAGUUUUACUAAGGUUGAAAUUUUUGAACCAAAUAUAAAGACUUCAGACAUCUUAGGACUUCAAUGCAGACUGAAAGACAUAUACUUUCCAUAUAUUCAGUGUGAUGAGAUGUCCAAGUCAGGGAGGACAAUUACACCGAUAUCAUUUCAGGUUAAUGACACUGAUUUGGCUGAGAUCGAUGGUGGUGAAGUUGCCACUACAAACUUGCAUUCUUGCAAUGGUCCUGAUUUUGUCUUACAAGUUCAUUUCUCCUUUAAGCAGGACAGUAAAACCAAGAGUCCAGGAUCAAGGCCAUAUCAAGAAGCCAAUGCACGGCUGAAAUGUGUGUAUUUUCCUGUUGUUAAGGGAAAAGAGAAUAUUGAGAGGAUUUUGGAGAAGUUAAAAGAUGAAGGACAUGAUGUCUCUGAAAAUUAUGAAAACUUUAGUCGCGUUUCUAUCCGGAGGCUUGGUCGUCUCAUACCAGAUGCUCGUUGGGCAUGGCUGCCUUUCAUGGACUUGAGGCAUAAAAAGGGAAGUGCAGCACAGUCAUUGAAGAAAUGUUGUUUAAGAGUCAAAUGCUUUAUUGAUGCUGAUGCUGGUAUCAAUCCAACACCAUCCAAGACUGAUUUGGCACACCACAGUCCUUUUACUACUGCUCUAAGGAAUUUUGGCAGUAAUCUUCACGAGAAUGAAAAAGGAAUAGAUAUCAGAGUUUAUAAGGAUGAGAUGUUACUGAAUUCUUCGCAACUAGAGAGUGAAUAUCGGGAUUGGCUCCUUCAAAUGCACAACCAGUAUGAUGAAGAAGUUGACCACGGCGAAGAUGAAGCUGUACUUGUUCUUAGUCCAUGCUCUGGAAAGGGAAAGAAAACUGGCAUCUCCUCUGAUGUUUCAAGGCUUAACAAAAUCAUUAAGAGGAAGGAGAAAAUAUGGGAAGCUGGACAAAGGAUUAAAAUUUUUAAGGGAGCAUGUGCUGGUGUUUAUAAAAGUAAUGUCUACGCAACAAUAGAAUAUUUUUUAUUUAGAGGUCUCCAAGGGGAUGCAGGUGGAGAUGGUCAGAUUAUUUGCAGGCCACUUGGUACACCAGAAAGGGAUGGGUGUGUUCUUUCCGAAUGUGAUGGGAUGAUGAGUGUUAAUAUGAAUAGCUCCUUGUCUUUACCUGUUAGUCUGAUUGAUGUCGAAAAGUGCUUACCUGUUGAAGAUACUGAAUGGAAUAACCAGAUGGAUAAGUGGCUUCAGAAAUCUCCGUCUACAAUUGACUUGCUAAGUCCAAAAGAAUGUGAAGGAUUAGAGGUUGGGGUAGAGGAAUUGCUUGCCAAUGUAACUGCUGGAAAAGUUCCUCCUAAGGAAGUGGUAGCAGUUGUUCGUCCUGCCAAUUAUGUACGUAAAGGUGAUUCAAGAGUGCUGGAUCAGAGGUAUAUUUUUAAGUGUAAUAUAGACAUGUCGAUGGAAGUAAAGUUCAUUGGUGAAGAGAAAGAUCCUCAUAAAGAUGAACAUGUUUAUUCAAAGCGUGUAUCACCUUCUUCAAAUCAUGGAGUACAUGGUAUCUAUGUCUUUCCGCUAAGGUGCAAGCAGAAGCUCCCACAUUUGUUUCAAAAAGCAGGGGUCUACAAAUUUUCAUUUUCUCUUAUUGAUUUAAGUUGUGAGAAGCUUGUCAAAAGUGUCAAAGUCGAGGCAUCUUCUCAGAUCAAGAAUUGGGCACUUUUAAGAGAUAAGCGAAGUGAUAAGCGGAACCAAUCAUUUAGUGUGAGUGUUGGUUCAACUUUGAGACCUUUCUCCAUUGCAUGUUACGAUAUCUAUGGCAAUAGAGCUUCUUUUCAAUCUAAUCCUGAAGUUGUGGUCAAGCUCCAAGCAAACAAAGACUUAGAAUUUCAUGUUAAAAAUAUUGAGAGUGGCCUUUCAAUUUCAAAGCGAACACUAAAAAUUGAGGACUUACUGAUUGAAAGUAGUGACUUGGAUAAGCUCCGACCUGAUCACAAAGCCACUCUCCUAGUAUCUAGCUCAAAUGGGAAAUUCUCUGUUUCCAUUCCUUGCCAUGUUACUCCAGGUUGCUUACAACUUGUUAAAGCCCAACAAGCAUUUUUGGCUAAUCAACUUUUACCAGGUUGCACUGUUGAGGAGUUUGAAUUAGAGAUGUUGGAUGAAUAUGGUAAUCAUGUUGUAGAAGGCUUUGAAGUUCAGGUUGAUGUAGACGGAUUUCAGAUGCUUGAUCAACUAGGCCCGAGGCGUAAGGUGGACUCUCAUGGAUGUGUUGACCUUAGUGGCCUCUUGAAAGUAACAGCUGGUUAUGGAGAGAAUGUAUCUCUCUCUGUAUCAUCAAAGAAUAAAGUGUUUUUCAAACAACAGUUUCACAUUGAGAGAAGGGAACUAAGAAUUGUGUCGAAGGUACCUGAGAUUCUUACGACUGGUUCCAUACUGGAAGAUGUCAUUUUUGAAAUUGUGAACUCUGAGGGCAUUGUUGAUGAAGCUAUCAACGAUGAACAGAAAACUGGCCAAUCACAUAUGCUUGCAAUUAAGGCUGAUUGGCUUGAUAUGGAGUCGACUACACGAUAUACUUUUAAGCAUGGGCGGUGCAUUGUUCCUGCUAUUCCUCUAUCUAAAACUGAGGGGAACUUUUGUUUCUCAGCUUUCCACUCUCGCCAUUCAAACCUUAGUGUGAAUGUUAAGGUUCAUGUAAUUAAACCUGCGAUACCAACACCCAAGUUGGAGUAUAAUACUAUUUCAUCUACUCCUCCAUUGCUUCUUCAGGACUCGUGUUCAGUUAAUCAAGUUGGAGUAAACUAUUACAUGUUAAUGGAGAAUAAGAAAAAGGCUCUUGAAGAGAAGAUAUGUAAAGCUGGUUUGACAAUCCAAUCAGUGGAAGAAAAGUAUGCUAAGUUAAAUAAAAGGAAGGAAGAAAUUGAGCAAGCUAUAAAAGAAUUGCAAGAUUCUACUGAACAACAUCAAUUGGGGAUGUUAAAUCACUUGUCCACGAAAGAAGAGGUGAUCGAGGAAAUAGAAAAGAUAAGUAACUCUGCUGCUGCAGUUCUUGUCAAUAUUUCUAGAGGAGUUCCAUUUCGGGAGCCAGAGAAUCAUUUAAUGAAAGGCAUAAUAGGGGUGGUUGCUCUACUUGGUAGUGUUCAAUGUGGCCAGCUUAGCAGGAUAUUAUCGGAAUACUUGGGUAUAGAUCAAAUGCUUGCUGUUGUCGCUAGAUCUUUUGAAGCUGCUGCUCAAUUUGAAACAUACACACAAACUGGUGAAGUUGAUCGCAACAAUGCUCUUCAUGCUGAAGCAGCCAUUCUUGGGAAAUCCAUAAAUGGUCGGUUUACUGUGAUAUGCUUUGACAAUAUAAAUCCAUACAGAGGUGGUUCUGAUGAUCACCAUCAAAGGAAGCUGGCUAUACCACUUCCUUGUUUUAUUGAUGGAACCAUCCCCAAAGGUUUUCUGGGAUUUGCUGUAAAUAUGAUUGAUUUAGAUGAAGAUCAGUUGUCCAUUAAAAACAGCUCAGGCCAUGGUCUUAGAGAGACGGUAUUCUAUCGCCUGCUUGGUCAACUACAAGUUUACCAAACCAGAGAAGAUAUGCUCGCUGCCUGUGCUUGUAUAAAACAUGGCGCUGUAUCGCUAGACGGUGGAAUCUUAAAAGAAAACGGGGUAUUAUCUUUUGGAUUUAGUGAUCCCCAAGUAUGUUUUCAAGUUGUAACAACAAAUGAUGAAAUGCCCCUUUCACAAGAAAAUUUAAAGCUGCUUCAAGACCAGAAAUCAGAGCUAAAAAUCAUCAAUGAUAGGAUAGAACAAAAUAUCAAACAUCACGGGCUAGCUUUAAACUCUUUCAAGAAGACAAAGAAAGAGUUAAAGAAGAUGAUGGACGAAUUAGAAACUUGUAUAGGAUCCAACACACAGUAGUUUCUACAAUAUGAUGAAAAAUCAAGUCAUAAUAUUUUUAUUUUUUGAAAGGAAUCAAGUCAAACUUCCACUUUUUGUGUGUAGAUUGUAUAGAGUAAGUAUUUAGGCACUUCUUAUAGUUUAUCUAAUUUUGUAAAAGCUAGAUUGAUAGCUAACUAGUUCAUCUUUGUACAGCAAUUAAUGUAUCUAUGAAGUAGCCUUUUUGAAUGAGUUUGUUUUA